GAUAGAUGUCCCCAUUCCCAGCUAACUGGUACUCACGUACACGCCACAGAAAGUCAAAGAUUAGAUGCCACCCAACCGCCAGGGCACUCUUGAUCAACACAUGCGCUAUAAGUGACCCACCCAUCUUUCCUCUGUGCAUCUUUGCCAAGCAGCCAUGGCCAUGAGAGACCUCUGCAUUCUCACCACACUUGUCUCUUUCCUUGUAUCGUUAUCCUCUGUUUCUGCUGCAUACGACCACAGCUACCUUGCUAGAGGCUCCUCCAUCUCCACCCAGGAUGUAACCACCCCCAUCCUAGUGUCGCCCAAUGGUGCCUUCACCUGCGGCUUCUACAAGGUGGCCACCAACGCCUUCACCUUUUCUAUCUGGUUCUCGUGGGCAUCUGGCAAGACUGUCUCCUGGACGGCUAACCGUGAUGCGCCACUCAAUGGCAGGGGCUCCAGGCUCAUCUUCCACAAGAAGGGGGCCUUGAUCCUUGUGGACUAUAAUGGCAUGGUCAUAUGGAGCACCAACACAACCGCGUCCGGCAGUGAUCGUGCGAUGCUUCUCGAUAGCGGCAACCUUGUUGUCAUGGAUACAGAUGGGCGUCACCUCUGGAGAAGCUUCGACUCACCAACUGAUACACUUCUACCAUGGCAGCCGAUGACUAGAGAUACUAGGUUGGUAUCUGCUUCUGCUAGGGGUUUGCUCUAUUCAGGUUUCUAUGCCUUCUACUUCGCCACUAACAAUAUCCUAACUCUUAUUUACAACGGUCCUGAGACUAGUAGCAUAUAUUGGCCAGAUCCAUUCCACAUGCCAUGGGAUAAUGGUAGGACUACCUAUAAUAGUACCAGGUAUGGGGUUCUUGACCAGACAGGACGGUUUGUGGCAAGUGACCAGCUUAAGUUUGAAGCUUCUGAUCUUGGUGAUGAGACGAUGAGGAGAUUGACCCUAGACUAUGACGGUAACCUUAGGUUGUAUAGCCUAAACAUGACCAGUGGCAAUUGGUCAGUCUCUUGGAUGGCAUUCCCUCAACUGUGCAAAAUACAUGGACUGUGUGGAGCAAACAGCCUGUGCAGAUACAGACCAGAGCUAGAGUCAUGUUCUUGCCUUGAAGGAUUUGAGAUGGUUGAACCAAGUGACUGGAGCAAAGGGUGCAGGCGCAAGACUAAUACCACACCCUUUUCAUUUAGGAAGCUUACCGGAACAGACUUAUGGGGCUAUGACUUAAACUAUUCCAAACUGGUGCCAUGGUUGAUGUGCAGGAACAUGUGCUUGAACGAUACGGACUGCCAAGCUUUUGGUUACCGGAAGGGAACAGGCGAAUGUUAUCCAAAGGCCUUUCUUUUCAAUGGCAGGGACUUCCCAGAUCCUUACAAUGAUAUCUAUCUGAAAACUCAAGAGGCAGUAUGGUCUUCACCAGAAUUGGCUCCUGGAUUAAGACAUGCUUGCAAAGUUACUGAAAAGGAAGCAUACCCCUUAUCACAAAUGUUCGUGGGUGCCAAUUCCAGUUUCAAGUUUGGAUACUUUCUAUCUUCUGCAUUGACAUUGCUCGUUAUUGAAGUGAUCUUAAUCAUAGUUGGUAGUUGGAUUGUUUACAAAUGGGAGAGAAGACCAGAAAUUAUGGACGAAGGUUACAUGAUCAUUUCCAGUCAGUUCCGAAGGUUCAGCUACAAGGAGUUACAGAGGGCAACCAAGAGUUUCCAAGAAGAGCUCGGAAGUGGCACAUCAGGAGCAGUUUACAAGGGAGUCCUUGAUGAUGGAAGGGAGGUCGCAGUGAAGAAGCUAAGUGAUAUGAUGCAAGGAGAACAAGAGUUCAGAUCUGAGCUCAGCAUCAUUGGAAGAAUAUAUCAUAUGAAUCUGGUAAGAAUUUGGGGGUUUUGUGCUGAGCAAACUCACAAGCUAUUGGUUUCCGAGUUUGUUGAAAAUGGUUCAUUAGACAGAUAUCUGGUUGAUUAUCAGGACUUAACUUAUGUGCUCCAAUGGAGCCAAAGGUACAAUAUCGCACUUGGAGUGGCAAAAGGACUGGCAUAUCUCCAUCAUGAAUGGAUUGUGCACUGUGAUGUCGAACCAGAGAACAUACUGUUAGAUAAAGAAUUUGAACCAAAAAUUGCAGAUUUUGGAUUGGUUAAAUUACUAAGUCGAGGAACAGGAGCACAGAUGCUGUCAAGGGUGCAUGGGACUAGAGGGUACAUUGCACCAGAGUGGGCUCUAAAUCUUCCAAUAACAGGGAAGGCUGAUGUUUACAGCUAUGGUGUAGUGCUCCUCGAGUUAGUGAAAGGGGUUCGGGUUUCCAGUUGGGUAAUUGAAGGCGAGGGGGUGGAGGAAAUGUCUAUUCGAUGCUCUGCUGAGAUUCUUAAAGAGAAAUUGGCAGCCAAAGAUCCAUCAUGGCUCAUGGAAUUUGUUGACUGCAGACUGAAUGGAGAAUUCAACUACUUACAAGCAGCCACGAUGUUAGAGAUAGCAGUGUCAUGCGUGGAAGAGGAGAGGACCAAAAGACCUAGCAUGGACCAUAUCCUCAAAACUUUGCUUUCACUAGUGGAAUAAUGUUGCUUAGAUUUUCCUUUUACCAAUCUGAUGUGCAUACUGUGAGACUGGACAAGUGAAAAAAACAAUAGUUUUGUGUUGUAGCACAGAAUAGUGAAAUGGAGUCAUGUCAUGCGCGCAACUUUAAUAAAGUGCAUCCAAAAUCCUUAAGAGAGCCUAAUAAGAGCCUGUUUGGCAGGCAGGGCUCCAA